AGUGCAAUCAAUUAGCAUAAUUUCUCAGAGAUCAAAUUAUAUUUAAACAAAAUCAUGCUUCAAGGAAUGCUAAUCCUAACUACAGAAAUAAUUUCCGAACAAUCUGAGAUUGCGGGGUCGAAAUCCUCUUUUUUGUGUUUUUUGAGGUGGAACAACCAGUAUAUUAUUGAAUAUAAGGAAUUUUUGUUGGGCGAUCCACUUUCAAAUGCUUAUCAAUUAAUGGGCCAUUGACUCCAGCACAUGACAGGCUGGGUUCGAUUUGUCCCUGGGAAAUUCCAUGGUAACAGAAUUAUGCUGAGACUCAUUUAUCACUUUGAAUUGUAUACCAAACAAAAACCAUUGCUUUGAAAGUUUAACAAACCACAUAACUAUGCAAAAGGACUACUUUUAACAAUUUCCACAGAAUAAAAUUCGAGGGAGAUUUUAUAGCAGAUCUGUUACCAAAGUUUUCAUAUCUGCAGUUUUCCCAGUAAAUAUGUUUUUACUAAGUAAAUUGUUCGAAGUAAUAAUGUAUUUAUUGGCAUGACGAUCCGCAAAUGUGUUCCUCGGUGCGCGCGCAAUGUUUGCUAACAAACAACCAAGACAAAAGGAAGAGACUCCUAGCUAGAGCAUUAUGGCCGCUUCUCCUUCAUCCUGCGACCAUCAAGAGGACUGGGGCGAAGAGAUGAUGGAGUUGAACAAGGAUUUAGAGAGAAUGAUUGAAGACGUGGAAAAUAUAUCAGUACAGCUGACGUGGAUGGCCUAUGACAUGGUGGUGCAGCGAACCAGUCCUGAUCUGGGGGACUCCAUUCGUCGGCUGGAGGAAGAGUUUCUCCGCUGCAGGGCUGUCAUCUGUGACUCCCCUGGGGAACAGGAGCCGAACCAGGGGCAGGGAAAGGACCAGGGGAUGGGAUAGGAACCGGGACAGGGGCUGAACCAGGGGCAGGGAAAGGACCAGGAGAUGGGAUAGGAACUGGGACAGGGGCUGAACCAGGGGCAGGGAAAGGACCAGGAGAUGGGAUAGGAACCGGGACAGGGGCUGAACCAGGGGCAGGGAAAGGACCAGGAGAUGGGAUAGGAACCGGGACAGGGGCUGAACCAGGGGCAGGGAAAGGACCAGGAGAUGGGAUAGGAACUGGGACAGGGGCUGAACCAGGGGCAGGGAAAGGACCAGGAGAUGGGUUAGGAACUGGGACAGGGGCUGAACCAGGGGCAGGGAAAGGACCAGGAGAUGGGAUAGGAACCGGGACAGGGGCUGAACCAGGGGCAGGGAAAGGACCAGGAGAUGGGAUAGGAACUGGGACAGGGGCAGGGAAAGGACCAGAGGAUGGGAUAGGAACUGGGACAGGGGCUGAACCAGGGGCAGGAAAAGGACCAGGGGAUGGAAUAGGAACUGGGACAGAGGCUGAACCAGGGGCAGGGAAAGGACCAGGAGAUGGGAUAGGAACCGGGACAGGGGCUGAACCAGGGGCAGGGAAAGGACCAGGAGAUGGGAUAGGAACUGGGACAGGGGCAGGGAAAGGACCAGAGGAUGGGAUAGGAACUGGGACAGGGGCAGGAAAAGGACCAGGGGAUGGAAUAGGAACUGGGACAGGGGCUGAACCAGGGGCAG